AUGGAUCGAAUCGUGGGAUUCGGAUUUCGUCCGAGGGAUGAUGAGCUGAUCAGCCAUUAUCUCAAGCACAAAAUUCUUGGCGAGACUUGGCUCGUAGACAACGCAAUUAGCGAGGUCAACAUCUACGCCUUCGAUCCAUGGGAGUUGCGCUUUCAAUCGAAGAUCGAUACGAGUCAUGAUGGUGUCUGGUAUUUCUUAUUUCGUCCGGAGAAAAAGAAGAUGCAGAGCAGAAAGACGAGGUCUGGGUUCUGGAAAAAGACAGGACCUACUUUGGACAUUAAACCUAGGAGGGGAAAUCAUGGUAAGAUCGGUGAGAAGAAGGUUCUGGUGUUCCAUAGAGGUAGAACUCCAAACGGCGUGGGAACCGAGUGGGUCAUGCACGAGUAUCAUACCUCCUCCUUUCUUCCUGAUCAGAGGACCUACAUCAUAUGCAGGAUCGAGUUUAAGGGCAAAGACCCGAAUGUUCCACAUGCUAAUGCAAUUGAGCCAAGCCAUUCUUUCGUCACAAACUUGAAUAACGUCGGAGAUUGGAGCUCAACAUCUGAGGUUAACCAACCAGUUCAUGGAAAUUCAGGAUCUUAUAAUUGGCAGGCGGGUCUAUCUAUGGGGGAAUUACAGAGCAUGAACCAGUUUAGUGCCAACCUAGACACGCAACAGCAAGUUCCCUACUGGGAUGAAGAUGAGAUGCAGAUGUUUUUGGACAGUCUAAAUGGAGAGAGUUUGGAUUUCAUGCUCGAUGAACAGGACACACCUUCAUACAACGUUAUGCAGCAGAAUUGCAACGAUUACAGACCACAAAAGGCUUUGACAGGGACAUACAUGGAUGAUAGCAGCGAUAGUGAUGAUGCAUCAUCAUCAUUAUCAUCAUCUGUGACAAGUCGUGGAGAAACCUCGAGCUGGGUGGCUGGCAGUGCUAGCUCGUCAAAUGGGCAUCUCCAAACCCAUAAGAACAACAAUCUUGAAUCGAGUACCGACCACUAUCAUCAUGAAGAGUCUCGAUCUCUGCAAAAACACGUCAAGGGUGAAUACCAAAGUGUGAUGCAGCGGAAAGAAGAGGUUAGAAGAGUUGCUGAUGCAUCCGAGAAGGAGAGUUCUUGCUUGGAGAAAAUCGAGAUGGAGGGGAAAAGGGCUCGAGACAGAUUCAGGAAAACAUCGGAUUCGAACACGAAAAAGAAGGGCUGGUUCGUUUUGGAGGAUGUGGUCGACAAAAGCAGGACGAAUGAGCUCAUCAACAUGAUCAUAGGCAUGGUUCUGCUCGUCUUUCUCAUUCCCUUGAUCACAUCAGUUCGUUAACCGAUCAAUCUUACCGUGAGUUUGGUCUAACCGUUGUAUUAUGUUUUUGUCUCUUUUGUUUUGCUCUCUUGUCCAAGUUGUCCAAAUAAUGAAAGAAAUGUGUUUGCUCUUAAUGUUUUCAAGUCUAGUAUGUUCGUUGCAUGUCUUUACGUAAAUAGACAUUAGAAAACCGAGUUAAUAUUUUCUU